CGCCGCAAGACCCCGACUGAGGCGCCCCGGGGCCCUGAGAUCCUGGGUCCUACCGGCCUACAGUUGAUCCGUUGCUAAGUGACGCCAGCGCGCAAAGCGCGUGCGCGGCCACGGCGGUGUGCGUGAAGGCGGGCGCGCGCCGCGACGGCGGCGGCGGGGAAGGCGGCGGUCGAGGGGGCGGUGGCCACGAGGCAGGGUCGCUGCGGGCGGAAGAGACGUGUGUGGCGGCGGCUAGGUCGCUGAGGAAUAUCGUCGGGGUCAGUGACUACCAUCUAUUCCACACAAUGAGUAACAGCCACCCUCUUCGCCCCUUUACUGCAGUGGGGGAAAUUGAUCAUGUGCACAUUUUGUCUGAGCAUAUUGGUGCCUUGUUGAUUGGUGAAGAAUAUGGUGACGUCACAUUUGUUGUGGAAAAGAAGCGCUUUCCUGCCCACAGGGUCAUUUUAGCAGCUAGGUGCCAGUAUUUUCGAGCGCUACUGUAUGGUGGGAUGCGAGAGUCUCAGCCUGAAGCAGAAAUCCCCCUCCAAGACACCACUGCAGAAGCAUUCACCAUGCUGCUCAAAUACAUCUAUACUGGGCGGGCGACACUGACUGAUGAGAAGGAGGAGGUGCUGCUGGAGUUUUUGAGCUUGGCUCAUAAAUAUGGAUUUCCAGAGCUAGAGGAUUCUACUUCUGAGUACCUCUGCACCAUACUUAAUAUUCAGAACGUCUGUAUGACUUUUGAUGUUGCCAGUCUCUACUCACUCCCCAAGUUAACUUGCAUGUGCUGCAUGUUCAUGGACAGAAAUGCCCAGGAGGUGCUCGCCAGUGAAGGUUUCCUCUCCCUCUCCAAGACAGCACUGCUGAACAUCGUUUUAAGAGAUUCGUUUGCUGCUCCUGAGAAAGAUAUUUUCUUAGCCUUGUUAAACUGGUGUAAGCACAAUGCAAAGGAGAAUCAUGCUGAAAUCAUGCAGGCUGUACGUUUACCUCUGAUGAGCCUCACUGAGCUUCUGAAUGUUGUGAGGCCUUCGGGACUGUUGUCUCCAGAUGCUAUUCUAGACGCCAUUAAAGUGCGUUCAGAGAGCCGGGACAUGGACCUCAACUACAGAGGCAUGCUCAUACCAGAAGAAAACAUCGCAACCAUGAAGUAUGGAGCCCAGGUUGUGAAAGGAGAGCUGAAGUCAGCCUUGUUGGAUGGUGACACUCAAAAUUAUGACUUGGACCAUGGAUUCUCCAGGCAUCCCAUCGAUGAUGACUGCCGCUCUGGCAUUGAGAUCAAGCUCGGCCAGCCAUCCAUUAUCAACCACAUACGCCUCCUCCUGUGGGACCGUGACAGCCGGUCCUAUUCCUAUUUUAUCGAAGUGUCCAUGGAUGAACUUGAUUGGAUCAGAGUGAUAGAUCAUUCACAUUACCUGUGUCGGUCUUGGCAAAAACUGUAUUUUCCAGCUCGCGUCUGCAGGUAUAUCCGGAUAGUUGGGACUCACAACACAGUGAACAAGAUUUUCCACAUUGUGGCAUUUGAAUGUAUGUUUACAAACAAAACCUUCACUCUGGAGAAGGGCCUCAUAGUUCCCAUGGAGAAUGUUGCAACGAUUGCCGAUUGUGCCAGCGUGAUUGAAGGAGUCAGUCGCAGCCGAAAUGCCUUGCUGAAUGGGGACACUAAGAAUUAUGACUGGGAUUCUGGCUACACGUGUCACCAGCUGGGAAGUGGUGCAAUUGUGGUUCAGCUGGCACAGCCAUACAUGAUUGGGUCAAUACGGUUAUUACUCUGGGACUGUGACGAUCGAAGCUACAGUUACUACGUUGAGGUUUCCACCAAUCAGCAGCAGUGGACCAUGGUGGCUGAUAGAACAAAAGUGUCCUGCAAGUCCUGGCAGUCAGUCACUUUUGAAAGACAGCCUGCCUCCUUCAUCCGAAUCGUCGGAACACACAACACAGCAAAUGAGGUGUUCCACUGUGUCCACUUUGAGUGUCCGGAGCAGCAGAGCAGCCAGAAAGACGGGAGCAGUGAGGAGCCGGCGACAGGUGACCCCAGCACCCCCAGUCAGCCGCUCGACCCUCAUGCUCUUCGAGCACCCAGCGCCAGCUCACUACCCCCGAGUCCGAGCCCCAACUCACGCUCACCCAACCAACAGCACCAAUAAAGGAGGCAGAGGACGUGCUGUGACUUGGGUGGGCCUGGGUGGAGCAGGAGCGUCCCCUCCCCCACCCCCAAGGAGGAGCAUUCCUGGCUGCAGAAGCCACCCCCAACCAGGCUUCUUCCCUCAGGGGACAGAAGGGCACCCAUGCUUUGCCAGUCUUCAGGCAGUCUCCAAGGCAGGAAGUGGGUCUUGAUUCUUCAACUCCUCCAUUAAUUCCUACCUCUAAUGUUACCAAGGUACCAGGCCCAAGCUCAAUACAAAAAGGAACCCUAGGCCUUGACAACCAAAGGGCCCAGUCCUGGAGUGUCCCCUCUGU